AUGAUGCUCAAGUCGUUACUCUCAGUAUCAGCCCUUGCGGCCGCUGCUGGGGCGGUGACCUUCAAUGUGGGAUCAUCGGGCAAUGCUACCGCCCCGACCCAGUAUGGAAUCAUGUUCGAGGACAUCAAUAACUCGGGCGAUGGUGGAGUCUACGCAGAAUUGGUACAGAACCGAGCAUUCCAAGGAAACGAGAUCUUUCCAAGCAACUUGUGGUGGUGGCACCCGAUUGGGGGUGCCCAUCUCUCCCUCAAGAAGCUCUCCAACCCGCUGUCAGAUGCCCUCCCUACCUCUAUGCAGGUGAAGGCCGGAUCUGGGGAUACCAUUGGUUUCUGGGGCUUCCCAGUCAAGGCGGACUGGCAGUACAACGGCUCCUUCUACAUUAACGGACGCUUCGAUGGUAACGUCGAUGUCUCUCUGGUCUCGAACACCACAGGAGAUACAUACGCCUCUGCUUCCGUCGAUGUAGCCUCCAAAGGCAAUGCCUGGACGCAGUACCAUUACACCUUCCAGCCAACGUCUGAUGCACCGGACAGCAACAACACCCUUCGAUUCACCAUGCCAGCGUCCGGCGUCAAGGGUCCGCUGAACUUCAACUUGUUAAGCUUGUUCCCACCGACCUACAACGACCGACCCAACGGCAACCGUAUUGACUUGAUGGAAGCCAUGGCCGGCAUGAAGCCCUCGCUCUUCCGUCUGCCAGGAGGCAACAACCUGGAAGGUAAUCAGCCGCCGUACUACUGGGACUGGAAAAAGACUCUCGGCCCGCUUGAGAACCGUCCUGGCUACCCAGGCACGUGGGGAUACCAGAACACCGACGGCCUCGGGUUGGUUGAGUACAUGCUCUGGGCUCAAGACCUCGGCAUGGAGCCUAUCCUCGACGUCUGGGCAGGCUUGUACCUAAACGGCACCCACGUGGCGAAGAGCGACCUACAGCCCUACGUCGACGACGCCCUCGACGAGCUCGAAUUCCUGACGGGCGACGUCUCCACCCCCUGGGGCUCCAGACGUGCUGAGCUAGGCUAUCCCGACCCCUGGCCAAUCCGCUUCGUCGAGAUCGGCAACGAAGACUCCUUGAGCAUGGGCGGUCACACCUACCGCCAGUACCGCUUCGACAUGUUCUACCACGCCAUCAAAGCCAAGUACCCCAACAUCACCAUAAUCGCACGUCGAAUCCAUCCCCAUUGGAAAGAACUUGACUAA